CUUACCACCACCCGCCGGUUGCCGCAGGGGGGAAGCGCGUCUGCCCCUGUUCAACCUUGUAAGGAUGAUUCCUCAAAAAACGAGCUGCGGCUGGUUGCCCUGCCUGCACAUGGUGUCCAGCACUGACAAGGCAGCGCUGGUCACCUCCCGGACGCCAGCUGAGGACAGCUGCUCGCCCUCUGGGAGCCCCGUGGUGGCACCCACCAGAAGGACUGGACCGAACCCAAGCACCAAAACCUCGCCCUCGCUGCCAGCUCUGGUGGCGGGGGGAAGCACCCGUGCUGCUGCGGCUCCCCUGAGGGCCGAGCGGCAGCCCUCUUCACAGCAGCGGGUGGCAGCGGGAGGGCUUAGCGGGGCGCAGCCGUCGGCAGGCGUGGGGGGGCCGCCGGCGGCCAGGCGUCGCACUGCCGAUGCUGGGCCGGCUGGCGCGCAGCAGCAGCACAUUGCAAAGCAGGUGCUGGCGGCGAAGCUGGCCUACCACUUCAGCUUCCUCAACCCGUCGCCUGCGCAGCUGAAGGAACUCACCGACCUGGUGGACCACUUUGCUGCGCGCUCCAUGCACGCUGAGGACGCCAGCCUGGUGUCGCACGGGAACCCGCUCCUGCUGCCAAAGCGGGAAACGGCAUGUCUGACGUACAAGGAUGGGGGUGUCAACCACGUCGACCUGCCUGCGUUCCUGUCUGCCCUGCAAGCUAAGACUGUCGCCCUCCUUGCCCAGCCAGGCCGGCAACCCUGGAAGAUGCUCACCCGGGCGCUGCUUACCCAUGUGCGCCCGGACUCCGCCACCACGUGGGCGUGGGUGUACAGCGACGCGCCGGCGCCAGCGGGGCUGCCUGCCCGGCUGGCGGCCGCGGUCGGCCACGUGCGGAGCGCGGGCGUGGAGCAGCAUCCGCCGCAGCCAGCCACUCAGCCGCCAGCGGCACCGCCACAGUGGCGGGUUAGCUUGGACCAGCUGUGGGUGGCUAACGCUGCGGGGGCUGUGUCCUACGUCCACUACACUGGGCGGCUCUUGGAGCCUGGGCCUGGCGUGCUGCCCCCGGCGGUGGAUGGGGCGUGGCAGCCUGCCUGUGUGCUGCAGCAUCGCAAGCCGCGGCACCUGUGGAGGUUUGAAGAGCGGGCGGCGUACGAUGCAGCAUCACCAGGGGAACAGGCGGGGGCGUGGCCUCGGGCGCCGUACUUCCUGGCGCCGGAGGCUGGGGUGGUGGUGCACCCGGAGCACUGCCGGAUUGCGGGUGUCAGCUUGGCGGACUACACGGUGCGGGACGUGCGGCGGGCCAUCACCGCGGCCAACCCGGCCGCACCUCCGGCUCCGGCCCGCCCCGCAGCCAUGCCGUGCCCGGCGCCAGCACAGCAGGCGGGGGGUUCGGGGACCCAGCCGGCGGCACAGUCGCGGCUGGCGGAGCGGGAGGCGGAGUGGCAGCGUGCAGCGGCGCAGCUGACCACCACGGCGGCGCAGCACUUCCACAAUAACCCGGUGGCUCUGGACCCCUGGCUCCACCGCACCUCUGCGGCAGCCGGGCUGCAGAACACGCCGGCGAGAGAACUGCAGUCGUAUGCGUCCCCGUCCCAGCACUCGGGUGAGGGGCCGCGGCGUUUCGCGCGGCUGCAGGAGCAGGCGGCGGGCGGGGCGGGACCUAGCACGGGGCCUGCCACGGCGGCGGCGGCAGCAGCGGCGGCGGUGGAGGGCGACCCUCGCAUGCCGCCCCCGGAUGCGUCCCUUCUGCGGGAACGUGCCACCCGUCGUCCAGAUGGCAACAAAGUGCUCCAGCUUAGCCGCCUUGAGCUGUGCGCCCGCAAGGCAGGUAAGCAUGUUGCAGCCGGUACACCAGCACCUUUGCCCCCCGACUGGCGUGAUGGGCUAGGGCCGCCGGCGGUGCUGCUACAGCCGCCGCCACGCCUGCGCCAGGCUGCAGACAGGUAGCGGCGCAUAGUCUGAGGCUUGAGGGGUGCCGGGGACGUGCGAGACAAGGCUGGAAGCGAAGGCACGAGGCACAGCUAGCUGGGGUGGGAGUGGGGGUGGGGAUGGGGUGGGGAUGGGGAGAUGGGCUAGGGCCGCCGGCGGUGCUGCUACAGCCGCCGCCACGCCUGCGCCAGGCAGCAGACAGCCGGGCGGGGGGGCCAGCCUCCUGCUCUGUCUGCCGGGUCGGGGUGGGGUGGGGUGGGAUGGGUGGGGGUGGUUGUUGGCGGUUUUCGAGGUGUUUGCUUUCUGUUUUUCUUCUCUUUUCUUCUCUUCUUGCCCUGUCAGGGUUCUGGUCUCGGGGUCCAGGCUGUCUUCAGGCAGCAGGAGGGCAGCGCGUCUGCCCCUGUUCAACCUUGUAAGGAUGAUUCCUCAAAAAAAAGACAGGUAGCGGCGCAUAGUCUGAGGCUUGAGGGGUGCCGGGGACGUGCGAGACAAGGCUGGAAGCAAAGGCACGAGGCACAGCUAGCUGGGGUGGGGUAGGGGUGUGGGGGUGUGGGGGUGGGGAUGGGGAGAUAUGGGCUAGGGCCGCCGGCGGUGCUGCAGGUGGCCGCCACGCCUGCGCCAGGCUGCACACAGGUAGCGGCGCAUGGUCUGAGGCCUGAGGGGUGCCGGGGCUUUGGUAGACAAGGCUGAAAGUGAAGGCACGAGGCACAGCUAGCUGGGGUGGGGGUGGGGGUGUGUAGGGUGUGGUGUGGGGGUGGGAAUGGGGAGAUAAUAAUAAUAAUAAUUCAAACGCCGGCCCAUGGGGCCUGGCGUGGAUUAUCGGGGUAAGGUGGCUAGGGCGAGGAGGCCCAUCCCCCUCGCGCUGCCACCUCACCACGCACUCCGAGGAGGUAUGGGGGAGCCGUGGCUCACCCACCUCUCGAUUUGAGUUCCUGCUCGGUUACUCGGCGCAUUUUGAUAAUGCCGCCCGCACUGUUCACAGCGUGUGUGUGGAGCCUCUCUCCGCAUACUCGUGCGGCUGUGUGGGUCACCCCAAGUUGAGAGGUGAGCAGCUUAGUGAGGUUGCAAGGGAUGGCCCCAGUCACUCCGAGCGCAAGGCAUUCAUUGGUGGAGUAGUGGACCGUCCAUCCGGCCGCUUCCAGCAGUCGCUUGAGUUCUUGGUGUUGUUGAGAUUUUUCUUCCCGCUUGUCCAAAUGGCGAACGUCAGAGCUGUAACCGAUUUCAAGGAUAUAGAUGGGCAGCCGUGCUUUGUUAAGGGGCGGGCGGUACCCUUCUCUAUGUGUUUCAUGGGCGGGCAGGUUUGGGAUGAACAGAAUGUCAGGUCUGAGCCUUGUAAUAAGGGGUGAUGAUGUCCUCUCCGCAGCCAGCCAGGCGGGGGGGCGUUGUGCAGACGCAUAGUGUGGCAGGUCGGCUAGGGGGCCCGCGUCCAUGACCAUGAACCCGUUCCCGUAGGUCCCUUUGGAGAUGCAUUUGGCGACACGCUGGACUGCCCAGUUGUGCCGAUUGAUGUACGCGCCUUUCAUUUUAGGGUGUGUGCAGCCUCCGAGGAUGUGCCCUCCGGAGUCAGGGGUGUGGCAGGGGGGGCAGUUGCCGUUCCCUCCCAGGCGGUAGCGCCGUUUAAGCUGUGCGUUGAAGAGGUAGCCGUAGCGGGCGUAGAGUAUUUGCUUGACCAGCCAGGGGUGCCUGGUGGAGCUGGCGAGGGUGCGGUUGCUGAGGGUGGGGCACAUGUUGGCAGAUGCUUCCGCCCAUUGCUCCAGCACUGGUGUAUUAUUGGUAAAGCCUUGUUGUGCUUCGGGGGGCAAUGAGUUCAGGACUCCACGGUUUAGGUCACUUAGGUAGAAAUUGUCAGAGUUGCGUUUGGGCCACCAGAUGUUGGACCACGGUUCGUCUGGUGCUAAGCGUAUGGCCUGCCCCAUGGCCUCCAUGUCGUUGGUGUAGUGCCAAGUCUGGGGCUUACAACGUGGGACGUCUGAGUCCGUGGCACUCCUGGUACGUGCCGGCAGAGUCUCUGUCUGUCUGUCCGACUCUGGGGCGUUACAGCUGGCGUAACCGCCCGGGGCACAGCUCUGGCGCUGUGUGCAGCAAUCUGUGCUGUUAGUGAGGGUUCUGACUGUGUCCUCAACAUCGGGUUUCUGUAACUGUAUACGAGUCUUCCGACAAGCUGGCACCUGCGCUGGCGUCGGACAUGGUAGGGUCGGGUGAAGCCUCCGGCGGCUACACCGACUACUUA